GGUAUUGGGGUUUUUUAUUUUUUAAACCGCGCGGGGUUUGACGGAGGCGAAGUACGUCCGCUGAGGGAAAUCUAAAGAGAACUAGCGUCACUCGUGCCCAAGAAGAAGUCACCGGGGGGGGGACACGUUGGGCAAAACCCCGCCGCUGACAAGAAACAAAACGAUGGCUGGCGAGGGCUCGCAGUGUUUGGAGGAGCAGUGGAGCUCGCAGCAGUGGCUCGCCGCCAAGCGGGAGGCCGAAGAGACGUACGUGGAAGCUCAACGUGAAGCCGUCGAGGCCCUGCUCCGCUCGGGCCGCGCCGCCUACGACGAUUUCGUGCUCAAGGAGCACCUGCGCGGCUUCCUGGGCGAGGGCGAGAUCGAGGAGCUGCUGCGCUGGGCCGUGGCGCCGCCCGCUGCCGCUGACGACGACGACACUGAGGACGCCGAGCGGACGCAGCGUGAGCGGGAGGACGGAGCCGUGCGGGAGGAGCACGAGGGCUCCGUGGCCUCCACCUACUUCCCCGAGCAAUCGGACGUGGCGACGCCCAUGCUGGAGCUGGGCUGGCCGUGCUACAAGGGGCAGUACCGCGGCGUGUCGCGCGCCGAGGUCUACCUGCAGCCCUACGUGGGCGAGGGCGCCGGCAGCUGCCGCGACGGCGUGCGCAAACUGGCCAGGGGAGCGCAGUCGCUGAUUGCUUUGGUGAUGGACGCCUUCACGGAUGUGGAGAUUUUCCGUGACCUUGUGGAAGUGUCCGUCAAGAAGAGAGUGCCCGUGUACAUCCUCCUGGAGCCGUCGGGGGUCCCUGACUUCCUAUUGAUGAGCGAGCGUGCGGGACACUCGCUGAGCCAGCUCAAGAACGUGCGGGUGAGGACGGUGCCGGGGCUCACCUACUACACGCGCUUUGGAGUCAAGGUGACGGGGCAACUGCGCGAGAAGUACAUGCUGGUGGACGGAUGCCGUGUCGGCAUGGGCUCCUACAGCUACACGUGGUCCGACUUUAAGCUGCACCGCAGCACGCUCACCGUGCUCUCGGGCCAGAUCACCGAGGUGUACGACAACGACUUCCGCAUCCUCUACGCCCUGUCGCAGCCGCUAUGCGUGCCGGGCGCCAGCGCCGCGCCGACGCCGUCUCGGCUGCCGGGAAAACUGCAACACGCCCUCGGUGAGCGGUGCGAGACGGCUCCAGGCCAGGAGUCGAUCCGGAGCCCCGCGUCGCCGGGACGGACGGCGGAAGUCCGCCCGGGCGCUGAUGACGACCCGGUGGCAUCCUGGUGUCAGCGCCACGCGGCCGAGCCGCCCCCAAUCACGCCGGGUGCCGCCGCCGAUGCCGCCACACAGACGGAGGAAGCGACGGCGGAGGAGCGCCCUUCCGAUCGGCGCAAGAGCUUCCUGGCCCCCCACAAGAAGCCGCUCCAGCCGAUUCCGCCGCCGCAGCAGCCGGCAACGCCGGCGAAGAACGCGGCCCCAGGCCGGCGCUCGAUGGUGAGCGGCGGUCCCGGGGUGCCGCGCCGCACAUCCAUGGGUCCCGGGACGAGGCAGAAAGACGGGGGAGCGACGCCUGGUCCACAGCAACAUGGCACCACCGGCGCCGUCGUCGCCCGCCGGCGCUCGCUGACGCAGAAGCGGCGGAGAUCCGACGCGCCGGCGCCGGACAAGCGCCGAGCCGUGAACGGUGCCUCCCCUGAGAAGCAGCCUCGCAACGAGGACGGGCAGGAAGCGGGGAACCAAAUGGAGGUUAUGCAAGUUGGCGCGGCACAAGAGCAGCGUCCGGUGCCGGUCAAAGUAGGCGGGGAAAAUUCCGCAGGCGGCAUCGGCGAGCAGCAGAACGGGCAGGUGGCGGUGGCGCGGGGGGCCGGAGGGACCGAGCUGCAGCAGUACUUGGGACAGCUGCGCGUCGAAAGGCAGGUGCACUACGACAAGCUGCGGCUGAAGGUAGACGGCUUGCUGGUAGGCAUCAGCCGCAGGCCCAUCGCCAACUGGAUCAAGGCGCACCAGGCCGCGACGGGCCACAGCUCGUCGCGGCAGCAGCAGCAGCGGAGGGAAGCGUCGCCCGGCGCAGUUACGCGAUCCGCUGGCGUCCACAGGGACGUGCUGCCUGGAGCCUUCACCAGGAGAGCACGAGAGAAGAGCAAGGAAAACCGCAAGCUGCCGUUUGGGCCUCUCACACAUUCCGGCAGGCCCAUCUCGAGGACGGGAUUGUGAUUUUCUUUUUUUCAAUCGUUCUCACGCUGUCUAUCUCUCUCUCCCCCUCCGAUGCGAUUGCGGGUUUUGUUUUGCGUUCCGUUUGGCGUGACGUUUCACUCCACGGGCUGGGAGCGGGGAAACGCCGGAUGUCACGCAGAAUGGCACGCAGUGCAUACUCUCGCCCUCUUUUAUUUCCACAUUUUGCUUUACUUGAACAAUUUAAUAAUACAGAAAAAUGCAUUCCUAAGUUCAGCGCAGCGCGUUAUCCUUCCCGUACACCAAGGGUGGGGGAACUUGAAGCCCAUGGGCCGUGUUCGGUCAAAGACUUAAUUUCGUACGGCCCACAGCCAUAUGAGGCCUACCCCCGCUUCGCAAUGGCCGGAACAAUGUUUUUACCCAUCACUGCAGGUUGUCUUAGCCAACUAAAGGGGAGACCAUUUUUAAACUGGCACAACUGGUUUUUAUUUUAGUGCGUUCAGUCACUUCUGUGACUGACGCGCGUGUAUUUUCAUGUGUGGGGAGCGGGAGUGUAGCGGUUAGCGUGCUGUGCUACAGACCUUGCAAUCCACGUUCGAUUGCCGCUCACGGCCAACACCGGUGACGAUUAUCUGAACCGGUCUUGGACCUCCCCUCAGUCGACUCGGCCUCAAAUGAGUUCCUGGUGCAGUGUGUAAACAUCGCCACUGGGGAGACAGGCGACCGGGCAUGGUGUUGGCCACCCACCCCCUCAUGUGCUGUUCUGGCCUUCAUAGGUGCUCGCUAACAGCACUUGCCCCAACAGUCUGUUCAGGCUAUAUGGGGGAUCUUUGUCUUUUGGUUGUCUGCCAAAGGAAAGAAAUACCUAUUUGUCUUUCCAUAUGGAUAGGUCCCCCACCGCUGCACUACUCACUGAUUUGUAGCUCAUCUUGGCUUUAUCUCCUCGCUUCAGAUUGCUCGGGCAUUUAGACGCCAUCAUGCGAACGCCGUUCAAAUAAAACUGUAAAGUGCUUGGUUUCAUAAAGUGCGGCUCUAUGAAGUUUUUUGUUGAGAAAGGAAAGCAUGAUUGAGAAACUCCCAUUCGACCAUAACUCGACCGUCAACAUUUCAUGCCUCCUAUCUCACCCAAACCGCUUCGCCUGUCGUAUCCGCAUACCGCCAACGAAAACGUGCGGUGGCUCGUCGAUUGCUUUGACGUCUUGCUUCUACUUUGUCCCGAGCCACCAGAACUCGGUCAGUUCAUGGUCGUGUUCGGCUCUUCCACGGGCCAGAAGCAGGUUCACAAAAAUAGACGGAACUGUGUCAAGCCCGUGAACCCUAGAGUCGAUGUUUUAAUUUUACAAGGCAGUUCACCUUCCACAUGCACUCUUUGUUGAUGUGCCGACAAAAGGGGCUGCUAGAUUGUUGUUCGAUUAAGCUUGUUUGUGCUGCAGCUACUGUAACGGAUUGCCAUAAAAAUCUUGCACGGAGCAUGUGGUUUCACUCAUAAGUGGAGCCUUAAUGGGGAAAUGUUUGUGAAGGCUGUGUCCUGAAAUGAUGUGUGGGGUUGCUAAAACAUUCAUGUGGAAUGCUCUGGGAGGGUUGUCUUGGUGAAGUUCAUGUGCACGCACUGCCUUUAGGGUUUGGCAAGCGAGUCAAAAUGUGUGGGUAGCAUUCUCUUGUGCUUGGAUCUUGGGUUUUGUGGCACAGAGGAAAGUGUUGGCAAAAUGCAUUCCUCAAAACGGUGUUUCAGUACAAAUGUUUUUGCCAUGUUGCACAAAGUACAUAGCCGAUUCUGUAUGUGACACAUAUCAAGUAGAUGGUCAAGCUUUUGCUGGUUUACCAGCCCAACAUGUUACGGCACUUAUCAAUGGAAAAAUGCACAGUCUCCAAUUAAGCUUACAACUGUUUUUAUCCAUUCCAUCAGAUUUUCAUAUUUAUGUUCCGUUCAACAUUUUUGUUGUUGGAGCUAUUACAUUGUGUGGGAUUUCUUUUAUUUCAAUUUUAUCUUCAUUUGUGCCAUUUGGAUUUCGCAAGUAGUGCUGACCCUACCCCCUCUGGGCUAACAGAGCAAAUAUUCCUUGCAUGACAGCGGAUCGCAGGCAACUUGCCUAGAUUCGAACCCAGGUUCUCAGUGGUUCCAGUUCAGCGCUGUGACCUCAGAGCCACCCGGAGCCACCCAGGGCCACCUCGAGACUUUACUUGUGAAUGUUGCCCAAGAUUCGACCAUUACGGAAUUUAAAGGGCAAUUAUAUUUGCUGUUAAAUGCUCUACGAAAAUCUGUUUUUGGAAGCGUUUAAAACUUGUAAAUUAGAAAUUGCUUUUACAAAAAGAAUCGCCUGUUGAAACUGCUGUGAUCGCCAUGCUGUUUAUGUAGCUAUGAAGACUCGGUAAAACUGAUCAGGACCUCCCCACGACAUCACCUUAAUCGCGAGGCUGAAAUAAGUCUACUGUUUUUGUCACGGUCAUUUUCGGUUAAGUUCGAGACCUGAAUUUCGGCAAAAAACGAUCAAUCACGGAAUAAGGCGGGGGCGGGGACGGUGUCUCAGCUGAAAAAAAAGUUUUCUAAAAUAUAAAAGUUGGUAAAAUAGCCAUAUAGCAUUUAAAACACAACUUGAGGAAGUGCCUAAUGUAAUGUAUUUUACGGCCAUUUGCAAGGUUUCACGGACUUUCCAUGACCUCCGUGCCAAAAAUGUGGCCGUACUCAUUAAGUAUUGGCUGAAAGAAUGGGGAGUUUUAUUUUCGCCCCAAGAUACUAAGUGCUUUCUUAUAGUUGUGCGCAAAGGAACGUAGCUUUUAUUUGAGAUUAGUUUCAGAUUUCAAAAUGGCAGGUUUGUAAGGAAAAAUUUCUAUCGCUUUUUCCAGUCUUGGAACUUUAAGUCGUGGUUUAAACGUGUCUUCGUGCUAACAAAAGUGACGCACGUGAAACUUUUGGUGGGAAAAGCACGGAAGUGAAGACAUUUAAGUGCCAUCAUUUUCGUUGGCAGUCGUACGCGAUGCUCCAUCCAAAAUAUAUUGUUUGUCAUCGGAUCAUUAGAAAUUGUGUGGGGCCUGAUUUUCGAUGGGUUUUUUUUUUAUUAGUCCAAAAAUUGGCAACUCAUCCCAAGCGUUUAUGCUUGAUGUUGCAUGCACCGGUACGGUUUUAUUUCCGAUUGAGGUAUGAUGCCUCUCAACACUAGGUUUCCAUUCUGACAUUUGUUCGCAUGUAACAUGCUAUUCUGGGUACAGUGUGCUUUUAAUAAAGGAAAUGA